AUGAAGAGAUCGAGAGAAGAUGAUCAUCAUCAUCAUCAUGAUAAAACCAAAAAUGAUACUUUGCUGCCUCUCACCAAUACCACCACAAAUAAUAAUAAUACUAAUAACAAUAAUAGUACAACUCAUGAUCAAAAACGCCCUAAUCUUAGAUUCAAAAUAAAGAUUCCUAUAGGGACGCCGAGCUAUCGUUUUCUACCAAAGAAUUCCUUUGAUGCAAUCACGCCUACUUCUUUAACUAAUACCGAAAGAUUAUGCUCUGAAGUAUUAAACGACCGUUGUGCUUUAGUCACUUCAGGAAAAAGUGACGAGUACUAUUUCAAGCAUGCUGAGAAAAACAAAUACGAAAAACUUAUGUUAAAAUGUGAAGAUGAGAUGUUUGAAUUUGACAUGUUAGUGGAGUCUGUGAAAGCAACAAUCAAGAAUGUGGCACAGCUCAUGGAGAAGAUCAACGAAAACAUCGACAUCGCAGAAAUAAUUCGUAUUGAAGAUUACUUAACACCUCAAAAUCUUAGAUGUAUUAAAAAGUUGUACAACGAGCUUGGAGUUGAUGAUAUUGUCGAUGCGAUGAGAAAGAACCCUCUUGGUACGUCACCUUUUAUAUUAAGAGAAUUGAAACAAGAAUAUGAAAAGUUAACGAGACGUCGUUGUGAUAAAAAUAAAGAUUGGGCAGAUGUGUACAAAAAGAACUAUCGCAAGUCACUUGGCAGACCACUCAACAGAAACUGUCAAAACAUUAAGAACUCAUCUUAAUUAAUAAAAGUAGGUUGUUUUGAAAUUAAUUUAUUAUGUAUGUAGCAUACUGUUCAAUAUUUGGUUUAAUAAAUAAAUAUUUUAUUUUUUAUUCUGUUUUUUUAUUAAUAUUGGUCUUAAUGAAUGUGGGUAGGUGAUGUGAUUUUGAUGAAAAUGAGAAUAAUAAGGUUCAUUGAUUAAUGAGUUUGUUACAUCAUAAUUAACUAACUAACAUUCUAUAUGUUAAGAGAAGCAAUCUGACUCUGUAUGGAAACAAAAUUUUCAAAAUAGAAUUUUCAAACAAACACCUUUAUAGUGUUCAUAAACAAUUGUGUCAAUCAAAUAGAUGUUUAAG